AGGCUAACAGUGAAGAACCCAUCGUUAAAAUUAUUGGCUAAUCAGACAGUCGAUAAUUUAGGAAAUAUUCAUUUAACAAAUGAAGAGAUUUACUCUAUACAAUUCAUCUAUGAUUUUCUCCACAUUACACCUCCAAUGUCUGCUCCGGAAGAGCUGAAAACGGGACCUGACCUUUCAUCACCCGAUUCGAACGGUUUUGCCACCGUGAAUCCUGAGACGCUUCGUCAUGUCAAAUAUAAGAAUAUUUUCGCACUUGGCGAUUGCUCCAAUAUUCCCACUUCAAAAACAGCUGCUGCCAUUUCUUCUGAAAGUCAGGUUUUGUGUGCAAACCUCGCAGACGUUAUCAAAGGCGGCUCAGGAGAAUACAAUGGCUACACGUCAUGUCCUUUGAUAACGGGAUAUUGGAAAGGCAUCUUGGCUGAAUUCGAUUACAAACUGACUCCGAUGGAAACAUUCCCAGUGGAUCAGUCUCAGGAACGUGCCUUUUUCGCUUGGUUCAAGCGCAAUGUUUUGCCACCUCUCUACUGGAAUGGGCUUAUCAAGGGUUCAUGGAAUGGCCCAAGCACAUUAAGAAAGAUUUUUCAUUUGGGAAGGGGAUGA